UUUUUUUAUCACUAGUUAAGAAAAGCCGCAAAAUAUUCAGUCACUAGUCAGUAGUCACUCACUCACUUAACUUUACUCUCUGAGACCCGAUUUCACUGCACGUUGGUCGUUACACAAACUGGAAAUGAUUUGUUGAAAACUUGAAAAUAUAUAUUGAAUCAUCUACAUUAUUUGUGCAUGUAUCUGGCCGGCUCAUCGUGUUCAAAUGGUCAAGUAAAUUCACUUUAUGACAUCAUGGUUGUGACUUGUGUAGUUGUGUUUUUAGAAUAGGCCGCAGCUGUCUGCCAUAAUAUUAUCUUGUAGCCGACAAUCGCCGUUUUUUGAGAAUUGUGAUUAAACCUAUUCUGAGGUUUUACCACAAUCUGAUGGUGUUGGGCACUUCGUCUUCGCCUUUUUGGCAGUUGGAAGCUCGAAAAAUCUUUGGACGCCCGGUGACUCUGCACUCUGCAAUAUGGCAUUUUUCAUCUUCGUUCUUAUUCUAAAUUUAUUGAGUAGAUAAUCAUAACAUUAUUAUCUACAUUGUUAUUUUUUAUAAAAUAUAAAAUAACAUGGACCCUCAAGAUAUAAAUAAUAGUACGAACAAAAGAGAUGAAUCAAAAAAAAAUUCUAUAACUUCAUUUAAGGCAGUAUUAAAUGAAGAAUCUUGUCUUGAGGAUGACAAUGAACAAUAUAUUAAUAACUUAUCCAUUGGGGACUUAGACUCAAAAGUAAAAAAGUAUAAUGCAUUGUACUUGGAAAAUAAAAUCAAUGUACUUAAUGCAUUUGAUAUAGAUUUAAUCAGUUGUGUACAACAAAUGGUAAAGAGAUCUAAAGAAACAGAUAUUUUGGGAAUUAGUAAUACAUUUGAUGCCAUUAGUAAGGUGUACUCAUGUAGAGUUGAUGAUAUUUUGAUAUCCGGCAAUAAAUUAGUUAAGGAAUUUGUGGCAGAAGCCAAAAACCAAAAUCUUGUUAAAGAGAAUGCAGCUAAAACAAAACAAAAAUGUAGAAAAAAAUUAAUGUUAACAACACCAGACAAAUUGUGCUGUAAAGACAACGAGAUGCUACUUAGAAAAAAUUAUCUUAGUGUUGAUCUUGAUAAUGAUAUGAUUGACUAUGCAAAACCUUCAAGAAUACUGCUUAAUAGGUAUUCUAAUGACGCAUAUUGGCCAGAAUACAGAGUUUCCAAAAACAUUAAAGUGAAUGAAAAUCAACAAGAAACAUAUGAAAUGGAAAAUAUAAUUUCUUUACUCGAAAACGGACAAAUUUGUCCGUCAUUUCAUAGAUUUGUAGCUGAUCGUGAUAAAAUUACAAAUAGUGAUGAUGAUGAAAUCGACAUAAACAUAUUAAAUAAUAUUCAAACACAUUUUAAUCAAGAAACAUCUGCAUUUUGUUCCAAAAAUUCUGAAGAAUCUGAUGAAGCAAUGGAUGAAGAUUUGAACGAACCAAGUUCCGAAUUAAUAGUACAUACAGAUCCAGGGCCGUCUAAUCAAAAUAAUAAUCAAUUCGGUAGAUUAGAGAAUUUAGAUUCUUUAUCCCAGACAUUAUCAAUGUUGGAUACAAACGAUAGCAGUGAUUAUACAUUCUUUGAUCGUAAACAAUUGCGUAAAUUUAAAUGUUCCAAUCAUUGGAAAGUGAAGGUCAAAAUGAUGAAAACUGACAGUAAACAGAAAGCAAUGCUGAUUAAGUCACGUGCAUCUCAAACACAUUCCGAAACUAAUGUUCCUGAAUAUAAAUGUAGGAAUUCCAGAGCUAUUACAUUUAAGGUUGAUUUUUAUUCAGAUAUAUCUACAAAAUUAGAAAAUUUACGUUUGAAUUCUGAUAAAAACUAUUGUAGUUAUACUAAAUGGAAACCAAGUAAUAACUUAAUUCCUUCAUCUGGUCAAUUGAAUACUAUACCUAUCAGACAAUUUGAAAGUUGCAAGUAUAUUAACAUGAUUCCUAACUGGUAUAAACAUGAAUUUGAAAAAUUAAAUUUGAAUUCAAAUCCAAACUCACUGUUCUUGUUUCCAGGACAAGAUAUUCUAAGAGAUAGAUUAUUAGUAGAUGAAGUUCCUUUGAAGAAUACAGACUGUAUUGACAAUAAUGUCAUGGACAUUGAUCAUUAUUCUGAGUGUGGAAAUGAGGUUGAUGAAAUGAUGACUGUAAUAAAUAAUGACAACAAUUUAACCAUAGCUUUGAACCAAAAAAAUACACAAGAUAAUGCCUAUAAAGAGUACUCCACUUGUAGUUCUGGAUACUUAGAUAUGAAUCAACUUAAAAAAUAUAUUAUGAAUAUUAUUAAACCUGAUGAUGAGGAAACAUUAAAUAUCUCAUUUGCUGAUCUAUUAUUAAGAUUGCCAAAAUUAUUGCCAGACAACAUGAAAGAGAAUAUAACCGUAUCUGUUAUAUAUGUUGCUUUGUUGCAUUUAUGCAAUGAGCACAGUUUAUGUUUAGAAGACAGAAAUGGUGACAUUUUUAUCGUUCAAGGUUCUGUAAACUUAAAAAAUUAGAAUUAGUUUUUUAAAACAGUCUGCCAACAAUACUUCAGUGUCUAAUUUAUAGAAGACAACAGAGCAGAAAUAUAACUGAAGGAUGCUGGGUUAUAUAGUAAUUUAAGAUAUUGUACGUUUAAUAUUUUUGAAAAUAAUUUCUUUUGGAAGAAUAUCGGAACAAUAUUCGAUAAACAAAUAGUAAAUGUUUAAUUAAUAAAUUGAUAGUAAAUUA